AUCAAGGGCAGAGAGAGCGGGGCGAUACGAGGAUCCAUGAGAAACGCUCUGAAGAGGACACCGCUUCAGUAUCACGGUUGUGCGGGGAUUCAGCCAUGGAUGCAGGGAGGCUGGAGCAGCAGGUGGCCAGUGUGGACAGAGGCAUCGCCUUCCUGAAGCAGGAGCACCUGGCCAUGCUGACGGGUCUGCAGCUGGAGAUCACACACCUGAAGAGGCGCUGUCAUGAGCUAAGCUGUGAGCUGGACUCCAGGUUUCCUGACAGAAACACAGAAGAGGAGGAAGCAGAGCUGGCAGCACGAUGUGAGGCCGCUGAGCGCCUCCUAGAGGACCAGCAGUGCAUGAUGGUCGCUGCACGCGGGGAGCUGAGGGCCGGCAGGGCACGAGCGUCGGCGCUCGGGAGGAGCCUCAGGGAGGAAGAGCGAUGCUUCCUGGAGGAACUGAAACGGCGCAGCCACAAGAUCACGCUGCUGAGUCGCGAGCUGCAGCGCCAAAAUGUCAUCACCACGAGCCUCUGCCACGAGCUCCACACUGCUCGCUUAAAACUGUUCCAGCAGCGGCAGAGCACAGAGUCUGCUGCAGAGGGAGAGGAGGAGCCCGGGAGAAAGGAGGGAGAAGAAGGAGAGGAAGAGGAGGAUGAAGAGGAUGAGGAGGAUGAAGACGAUGAAGGGGAGGGCUCAGACUGGCUUCUGUCGCCGCCUCCUCCAGCCUCUCCCAGCCAACCAGACGCGAGACACAAGAGGCGUGUCAGCGUGAGGGAGGAGAGAGUCCGAGCUUGCGUCCCGCAGGAAAGAGUGACAUCACCACAGAGGCCCCACCCCAUGCCUGACCCCGCCCUCUUCUUGGUGCCACUUAGGUACCGCCUCCUUCGCUUGAACCAACCAAUCAGAACGCAGGAUGGGGAGGGGCUGGAGGAUGAGUGGGAGGACAUAGAGGACAGCAGGGUGCACAGGAGGGUGGACAUGGGAGCAGGAGAGGGAGAAACUGCCCUGUGAUGAAGAAAGAAAGACAACGUUGUCUUCCAGCAGGCCUCGGCCCACAUCAACCAACAUCUGAUGCAGUUAUUCUAGAAAAAAGCUUGCGAUGAGAGAGAUGUAACCUUGUGAUUGUCUGUAGAUUUCAGGAAGCGAGUUAGAUAUUUAGAGUUAGUUGCACAGGAGCGUGUGAUCAAACGUACACAUUAACUGAAUUUGUCACAUUGAUGGUGCAGCAUGUGCUUUGAAAAUGUGAAGAAACGAGUCGGUCAGCGAAGACUGACUGUUUCAUAUUGACGCCUUUUGAUUUUAACACAGUCGAUCACGGCUUUUGCCUGUAACCAGUAGCCUUGCCUCUGGGUCUAUGAACACUCACAGGGAACUGUUCGAAGUGGCAACCUGCUUUUGCACUGCA